AUGGGGACCUUCCUAGUGAGACUUGACUGUAUCCUGUGCCUGUCUUCAGCAUUAUCAGUGAUGGCUCAGCACGGCCAUGACCAGCAACCCAGGAUUAAUCAAACUCACCUGACACCCUCCCACCUGAAAAGCCGAAGGGUGGGUCUCAAAGUUGAGGGCUCAAACUUCACACUAGAAGGCUCCCCAUUCCUGAUUUUAGCAGGCACCAUCCACUACUUCCGGGUGCCCAGGGAGUACUGGAGGGACCGCCUGCUGAAGCUGAAGGCCUGCGGCUUCAACACUGUUACCACGCAUGUUCCCUGGAACCUCCAUGAACCAAUGAGAGGCCAGUUUCAUUUCUCGGGAAACCUGGAUUUCAUGGCUUUUAUGUCCAUAGCUUCAGAGGUGGGGCUUUGGGUCAUUCUGUGUCCAGGCCCCUAUAUCGGGUGUGACUUAGACCUCGGAGGCCUGCCCAGCUGGUUACUCCAGGACCCAAAAAUGAGGCUGCGGACAACUUACAAGGGCUUCCAGAAAGCAGUGAAUCGCUAUUUUGAUCAAUUGAUUCCCAGGAUUGAGUUUAUCCAGUAUAACAGGGGAGGCCCCAUUAUCGCUGUACAGAUUGAGAAUGAAUACGGUUCCUAUCAUCUGGAUAGAAAAUACCUGUCAUUUAUAAAAAUGGCACUGGAGAGAAGAAAGAUCAAGGAACUGCUCAUAACUGCAGAUAAAGGACUAGCAUUGAGAGAAGGCCACUUGAAAAAUGUGCUGGCCACUGUUCACCUGAAGGAUAUACAUAAGAAAACAUAUGAAGACCUCUUUGGAAUACAGGGUCAGAGCCCUGUGCUGAUGACGGUGUACACAGCGAGUGGCUUUGACACGUGGGGUAAGAUCCGCCGCAGUCUGGAUGCGCACAUGCUAAUGAAGGAUGUGCAUGAAAUGUUCAAGCUUAGGUUCUCCCUCAACUUCUACAUGUUCCAUGGUGGUACCAACUUUGGCUUCAUGGGUGGAGCUGAGUCUUUGGAUGUUUACCUCCCUGCAGUCACCAGCUAUGACUAUGGGGCACUGCUGACAGAGGAUGGAAACUACACACCUGAAUAUAUUGUAUUUCAGGAAUUUCUUCGCUCUGUUACAGAUGUUCCCUUGACCCUCCCGGUAGAGCAAGCAUCAAUGGUUGUCUACAAGUCAGUGACGCGAUUACAUUUUAUGUCGCUGUGGGAAACCCUACCCUACCUGGCCCAGCCUAUCACAUCUGCCAAGCCGGUCUCCAUGGAGCAGCUGUUCGUGAAUGAAGGGAGUGGUCAGUCCUAUGGCUACAUACUUUAUGAGACUACCAUCAGCAAAGGAGGCUUCCUUACCUCAAGGGGCCAUGUUCAAGACCGGGGGCAGGUGUUUUUAAAUGAGGAGUAUUUAGGAGUCCUGGAUCAUUCCUCUGAUGAGCUGCAUAUUAAGGGCAACCGAAUCCUGAGGAUCCUGGUGGAGAAUCAAGGUCGACUUGCAUAUGGGCCUGAUAUCAGCAAGGAGAGAAAAGGUUUAACUGGGGAUAUCUAUCUGGACAAUUCUCCAUUAAGAAAAUUUACAAUCUACAGCCUGGAGAUGAAAACUGCAUUCAUGCAAAGGAAACUCCCCAGCCUCUGGAAACCAGUCACAAAAGAAGUUUGGGGCCCUGCGUUUUUCCUUGCCUUCCUGAGAGUUGGUGAUUUUCCUCAAGACACCUUCAUAAAACUAGAGGGCUGGAAGAAAGGAGUCAUAUUUAUCAAUGGAAGAAACCUAGGACGCUACUGGCUUAUAGGUCCCCAAAAAACCCUGUACCUUCCGGGACCCUGGCUUCAUCCUGGAUCAAAUGAAAUUAUCCUGUUUGAGGAAUCGGCACCUGGCCAACAAAUCCAGUUUACAAAAGAGCAUUUUCUAGGAUCCUAAGUGUCCAGUGGAGUGAUACUGGAAAUGGACUGAACUGAGUCAUGCUGACAGUGGUGCUGCAAAUAGCCCAUCAGUUCUGACACCUAUGCCCCCCACUCAACUACCCUGGCUUCUCUGUCUAGCCCAGCCUUGCAGGGGGACACUAUCCACCUCCUCACCUCUAGCACAUCCCUCUUCUGGAUUAAGUUAGUGCAUCUGUUUCUGAUGUUAACACAAUAUGCCUGCAUACUUUGUCAUGUUGCCAUGAUAAAAGCUAUUUGACCACCCAAUAAAAUGUUGAAAAAAGUAA